ACUAACAAAGUUUCAUUCCGAAAACUAACGAGUAAAAGAACGGACAUAAGUCCAGAUCCUCGUGAUUGAAAAAGUUAUAGAAAGAUAGUAAGAGAGUACUAUUCCAAGAUGCCAGGCGUACUCAGCAAAGAGUUGGACAUCGAAAAUGUCAGAUAUCUUCUGGAAAACGUCUACCGCCCGGCUGGCAGAAAGUGUAGAACCUGCCAAAAAAAUCUGACAAUCUACGACGUCCAGCCACACACGUGGCAUCUCGAAUGUCCCAGGUGCAGGAGGGUGCACUGGUGCCUGCGGGACCAGUGCGCCCUCUGCACACAGGCUCUCAACAGGCCACCUCUGAGGAAAGCAGGGACUCAGAAGAGAAAAAACAAAACUUCAAAAAAACAAAAAAAGAGUCAAAAGUCAAAAGAGAACACUACCACCGAAGCACCCCACACCACCCCCGAAGCACCCCAAACCGUCCCCACACCUGCAGAGACCACCACCACACCUGCAGAGACCACCACCACACCUGCAGAGACCACCACCACACCUGCAGAGACCACCACCACACCUGCAGAGACCACCACCACACCUGCAGAGACCACCACCACACCUGCAGAGACCACCACCACACCUACUCAGAAGAGAAAAAACAAAACUUCAAAAAAACAAAAGUCAAAAGAGAACACCACCACCGAAGCACCCCACACCACCCCCGAAGCACCCCAAACGUCCCCACACCUGCAGAGACCACCACCACACCUGCAGAGACCACCACCACACCUGCACGAGACCACCACCACACCUGCAGAGACCACCACCACACCUGCAGAGACCACCACACCUGCAGAGACAAUCCCCACACCUGACAACACCAUCUCCACACCUGACACCACCAUCUCCACACCUGACACCAUCUCCACACCUGACAACACCAUCCCCACACCUGACACCAUCUCCACACCUGACAACACCAUCCCCACACCUGACAAUGCCACCACCCCAUCUACCACCACACCUGCAGAGACCACCACACCUACAAAGACCACCACACCUGCCGAGACCACCACACUUGCCGAGACCACCACACCUGCCGAGACCACCACACCUGCAGAGACCACCACACCUGCAGAGACCACCACCACACCUGCCGAGACCACCACACCUGCAGAGACCACCACCACACCUGCAGAGACCACCACCACACCUGCAGAGACCACCACACCUGCAGAGACCACCACACCUGCAGAGACCACCACACCUGCAGAGACCACCACACCUGCCGAGAGCACCACACCUGCAGAGACCACCACACCUGCAGAGACCACCACACCUGCCGAGACCACCACACCUGCAGAGACCACCACCACACCAGCCGAGACCACCACACCUGCAGAGACCACCACCACACCUGCAGAGACCACCACACCUUCCGAGACAAUCCCCACACCUGACAACACCAUCUCCACACCUGACACCACCAUCUCCACACCUGACACCAUCUCCACACCUGACAACACCAUCCCCACACCUGACAACGCCAUCACCCCAUCUGCCGACACCCCAUCUGCUGACACCUCACCCCACACCACCACCUCAAGAUCACAAAGAUGGAGAAACAGAUUAAGCAGGAUCUGGAAGACAGUGAAGAGGCCAUUUGUCUGCUGUGUAAAGGCUGAGGAUUGAAUUAUUAGAACAGCAUAUCAGACUACAGCCAGGACAAGUAAGCAACUAUCUACAUCUACAUUAUCUACUAUUAUCACUACAUGGAAGGAUAUGUUAAUAUGAUUGAUAGGCAGAAUCAGUAUUCAGCUGAGUAUUCAAUGUCAGAGUUAUGCAUGAUAUUUUAAAUAUAUAGCACUUAAAACACAAUGUAAAACUGAUGGUACAAUAAUUGUACCGUAUGUCCAUAAUAACGAAAUUUCACCAGAAAUAUAUUAGAGAACUCAGAUGAGAAGAAUUAAGAAAUUGAUAGCAAAUACUCACUAGUCUCGUAGAUGACACAGGCUUUCAGCUCCCACUGCAGGUAAGCCGAAGUACGGGAAGCGGCAAUGUUCUCAG